AUGAAGCAAGGAAAUUAUUGGGCCAAUAAUGUUAAAGAAGGCGAAGUAGUUGAGGAAUUUAUGAAAAAAGAAAUAGGGUUUAGUGAUAGUAAGAUGGUGGAGCACUUUUGCUCGCAAGCAGUAGUGAAAAAAGACAAUAACGAUGAUAAAAAUAGUCCUUCUUCCCCUAGUCUGGUUUCUCAAGAGAUAACUAAUUCAAACAGCACACGUGAUGAUUCGACAAGCCUAGAAAACUCUCCUCAACUGAACCCAGAAAAAGAUAAAUCUCCCGAAGUAAAAAACAGUGUUAAAACUAUCAGAUUUGAAAAUAAGGAGAAUAAUAGCCAAAAUAAUUCGGCUAAAUCUAACGAUGAUAAUAAAGUCCAAAUCAUUGACCCACGAAGUAUUAAGCAGAUAACUUUAACGGCCGAUGGCAAUUUAGUGAUUGAAUUUAAUAGUGAAAAGUUAGAAAAUGGCGACUCAAUAUCGCAAAAUCAACAAGUUAUAACAAGUGAGCAAAUAAAUAAUAAUCAAGAACUCCAAAAAAUUAAAAAUUAUUGCCAACGGAAUGGGAAAAAUAGUUUAAGUCAGCAAGAAUUAAAUAGCCUUAUUAAUACUAAUAAAAGUGAUUCCGCACUGGCAAACAAGAUCAAGAAUGAUAAUAAUAACACACUAGCAAUAGGAUUAGUCGCAGCGUUCGCCUUAAUAGUUGGGUUAGUGAUUGGAUUAGUUGUAAAAAGAAAAAAAAGAAAUUAG